AAAAGCAUUGCUCAAGAAACCAAAGAGAGUUCUGCAUAAUUGCCAAAACACGGUCGUCUCCUUUAAUUUCCGGACCGACGCCGCUCCUUUCGGUGUCUUGUCGUGCUCGCUGUACUCCCAUCGCCUCGCCUGCAUCGCUUCUUCGUCCUCCGCCAAGGGAUGGCAUCCUCUGAUGAACCAGAAGCCGUUGAAAGGAAAUAUAAGAAGGAAGAUAAGAAGGAAGAUGAGCACGAAGAGAAGGAAGGUUUCAUCGAGAAAGUCAAGGACUUUAUUCAUGAUAUAGGUGAGAAGAUCGAAGAGGCAAUAGGUUUUGGAAAGCCGACUGCAGAUGUCAGUGGAGUCCAUCUUCCAUGUAUCAAUCUACAUAAGGCAGAAAUUGUCAUCGAUGUGCUGAUUAAGAACCCUAAUCCCAUUCCGAUACCUCUUGUAGACAUAGAUUACUUAAUAGAAAGUGAUGGAAGGAAGCUUGUCUCUGGACUAAUCCCUGAUGCUGGAACGGUCCAUGCGCAUGGAUCAGAGACUGUCAAGAUACCGGUAACUUUGAUUUAUGAUGAUAUUAAGAACACUUACCAUGACAUCAAGCCUGGAAGUAUCAUUCCUUACAGAAUCAGGGUUGCUCUCAUCGUGGAUGUGCCAAUUUUCGGAAGGCUUACCCUGCCUCUAGAGAAGACUGGCGAGAUCCCCAUACCGUACAAGCCAGACGUUGAUAUUGAGAAGAUACGCUUUGAAAAGUUCUCAUUCGAAGAAACAAUAGCAAACCUCCACCUGAAAUUAGAGAACAAGAAUGACUUUGACCUUGGACUAAAUGCACUGGACUAUGAAAUAUGGCUCUCUGAUGUUAGUAUUGGAACUGCAGAGCUCACCAAAUCUACAAAUAUAGAAAAAAAUGGAAUCACUAAGAUGGAGAUUCCUAUUUCUUUCCGGCCCAAGGACUUUGGUUCUGCACUCUGGGAUAUGAUCAGGGGAAGGGGAAUUGGUUAUACCAUGAAAGGGAAUAUUGACGUGGACACUCCAUUUGGAAACAUGAAGUUACCCAUCAGCAAAGAAGGUGGAACAACCCGCCUUAAGAAAGGUAAAAAUGGAGAAGAUGAUGACGAUGACGACGAUGAGGAUUAAGCAGCUGGAACUUGAGUUAAUAAAGUCAAAAGGGAAUUCAGACAGCUUGCUAAGACAUGGAAUCUUUUUGUGCCUGUCAAUCUUUUUAAUGGAUUGUUUAUGUAAGACCAUAAUACUAUCUUUGCCAUUGAUGGCAUCUUGAGUAAGCAUGGGGACAAUAUUCUGGACCUGAACUAUAUUUUGUCUGUUCUAAUAGUUUUCCCAUA